AACAACAAUAUACACAUACACAUACACAACGAUCAAAUAAUGCCUUCAACAUACGAUAAGAAGAGAAAGGUGGUUGAUGAAGAGGAGGACGAGAUGGUCGUCCACGGAGAUGAGUACUCUGAUCAUGAUCAACAAAGCACCAAGAAGCAAAAGAUCGAAUCGAUUAAAGAGGACGAAAAGCCAGCUACACCCGUCGCUGUAAAGGUUCUCUCACCAGACGCCUGGAGAAAGGAGCACAAUGUAAAGGUCGAGGGACGCCUCGUUCCCGACCCAUUCCAAACAUUCAACGAUAUCGAGAUCCCCAAGAUCUUCCAGCACGCCUUUAUGAGCUUCUCAGCACCAACCGUCAUCCAAGCACAGUCGUGGCCCAUCGUCAUGGGCGGAAACGACAUGGUCGGUCUGGCCUCCACCGGUUCCGGAAAGACCCUGGCCUUCCUGUUGCCUGCCCUGCUCGAGAUCAUCAAGCACCCAAAGAGAAGAUACGGCGCCACACCACUGGCCCUCGUCAUGGCUCCCACCAGAGAGCUCGCCCAGCAGAUCGAGGAGGUUUGCAGGACCGUCGUCAAGGGCACUGCCAUCCGCAACCUCUGUGUCUACGGAGGUUUGGGCAAAGGCAGCCAGAUGCGCACACUGCGCUCCGGUGUUGACAUCAUCAUCGGAACACCAGGCCGUCUGAACGAUAUCAUGAGAAGUGAGCAUCUCGCUACCGUCAAGUUCUUGGUACUCGACGAGGCUGAUCGUAUGCUCGACAUGGGUUUCAUGCCCCAGAUCGAGAAGAUCAUCGAGCAGAUCCCCGCCGAGAGACAGACACUGAUGUUUUCUGCUACUUGGCCUCGUGAGGUCGAGUCGCUCAGCAGACGUUUCUUGAACAACCCAGUCAAGAUCACUGUCGGCAGCUCAGAGCUCGCCGCCAACAUCAACGUCAAGCAACACAUCCACAUCACCACUCACAUGAGUGUUCCAGAGGUGGCCAAGAUGGUCGGCGACCAGAUCAUGGAGAUCCAAUCCGACAACAAGAAGAACCUCAUCAUCAUCUUCUGUAACACAAAGAAGCACUGUGACAACUUUAGAGACUUCCUGCUCCACGAGUACAAGCUGCAGACCGUCGUUAUUCACUCAGACAGAGAUCAGCGUGAGCGUGAGCGUGGACUUUACAACUUUAAGAGCCUCUACGUUCCCAUUCUGAUCGCUACUGAUGUCGCUGCCCGUGGUCUGGACAUUCCCAACGUCAAGGCCGUUAUCAACCUCGAUUUCCCCAACAAUAUUGAAGACUACGUACAUCGCAUCGGUCGUACUGGCCGUGCUGGCAACAAGGGAGACUCACAUACCUAUAUCAAGGAGGGAGACACCAACCUCCGCGGACUCGGAGAUAUUCUGAAGCGCGCUGGUCAAGAGAUUUCCCCAGAGCUCGCUGCCCUUCUUCCAAACUCUCGCGCCGGUGACAACAGAUACCAAAGUUACUCUGGUCGUCGCACCUGGAAGGGAGGUGCUGGCAGCUGGGGUGGUAGCAACAGUGGCGGCGGUGGCAGAAGUUACGGAGGUGGUGGCCGUGGAGGUGGCGGCGGUGGCGGCAGAGGUUACGGAGGUGGUCGCGGAGGUGGCGGCGGCGGUGGCAGAAGUUACGGAGGUGGUGGCGACUUUGGCAGCAGUGGAGGC